UAAAAAGUAUGCCUGUAUUAAAGGAAAUUAUCUAGAAAAUGAAAAGACAAUUCACAGAAUGGUAGAAAAUAUUUGGAAAUCACAUAUCUGGUAAAGGUUUGGUUUCCAGAAUAUUAAAGAACUCACUCAUAUAAAUAGCUUAUAUAAUAACAACAUAGUAUGCAAAUUGUCCCCUCGACUAGAUUUCUUCCAGGAGUUUGACCAGGGGGUGGGCCAGCUGGGGGAAGGGAGAGACUACCCGGCCGGCAGCCGCUAGGGAUGCUACCAGUGCAUGAAUUUCAUGCACUGGGCCUCUAGUAUAUAAAUAAAGAGACAACCCAAUUAAAAAUUGGGCAAGGAAUUUGAAUAGACAUUUCUUCAAAGAAAGAAAAUAUGUCUAGUAAGCAAAUGAAAAGAUGCUUAACAUUACUUUUUAGAGAAAUAUAAAUUAAACCCACAAUAAGACAAAACUUAAUAAUCACUAGAUUGGCUAUAUUUAAAAAGAUAAUAAAAGCUAGCAAGGAUGUGGAGGAAUUGGAAACCUCCAACAUUGCUAGUGGGAAUGUAAAAUGGUGCAGCUGUUGUAGAAAACAAUAUCUCAAAAAGUUAGACAUGUAGUUACCAUAUGAACCAGCAGUUCCUAAGUAUGUACCCAACAGAAAUGAUUUGUACAGGAAUAUCCAUAGCAGCAUUAUUCAUAACAGCCCAAUACUAGAAACAACCCAAAUGUCCACCAACUGAUAAAUGAAUAAACAAAGAUGGUAUAUCCAUACAAUGGAAUAUUAUUCAGGCAUAAAAAGGGAUGAAGUACUGAUACAAGCUACAACAUGAAUGAACCCUGAAAAUACUGUACUAUGUGAAAGAAUCCAGUCACAAAAGGCCACAUAUUGUAUGGCUGUUAUGUGAAAUGUCUAGAUUAGUGGCUGCCAGGGGAGGGAGGAAUUGGGAGGAAUGGGUUUCUUUUUUGGGUGAUAAAAAUGUUCUAGAAUUAGUGGUCAUAGCUGUGCAACCUUAUGAAUACUAAACCACUGAAUUGUUCACAUCAAAAGGGAAAAUUUUGCAUAUGAUAUGUGAAUUAUAGCUCAAUUUUCUAAAAAAAUAGAUGUGUCCUCGCAUAUUCUAUGGCUAGAAAGCGUCUUCAUCUUCUACAUAAAAUUGUUUUCAGUUACCAGAACAGUACAUGACAGAUACAUAUUAAAAGUUACAAUAAAGACCUGAGUGUUUUUUGCUGAAACUAUUAUUCUGGAACUGACAAAAAAUAGUGCAUGCAAUAGAUAACUUCUGUAUCAUAUUUCUUUAAAAUCUUAUUAAAAAUAUAUAUUUCUCAAUAUAUUAUUGCCAAACAUUUUUAAAAAUUUUUUGGUUGAACUAUAAAUCUGUGUUGAAUGUAUUUUAAGCCCUAGCUGGUUAGAUCAGUUGGUUAGAGUAUCAUCCCAAUACACCAAGGUUGCAGGUUCCAUCCCUGGCCAGAGCACACAUAAGAAUCAACCAAUGAAUGCAUAAAUAAGUGGAACAACAAACUGAUGUAUCUCUCUCUCUCAAAUUUAAAAAAUUUUAAAAGAAAUAUAUUUUACAAUAUUGAAAUAGAAAUGGUAUUUUUGUUAGUUUUUAUAAUAAUAGCUUUAUAUUUAAUUUCAAAAGAUACUAUUAGUGCUCAAAGAUACAGUUUAAAAAUUAGACAUUUUUGGAUUUGUUGCUUAGCAUUAACUAGUAUUCUUUUAGAAUUAAAUAUUAUUGUACUGGAAUUUAUAACAAGAUAAAUACUGGAUAGGUUAAGAUAAGGCAAGAGGGUGUCUUUUGGGAGCAGGACAUACAAUGCAAAUUCAAAACUGGAAAAUAAAAAAAAAUAUCUGCUUUACUGCAAACUAAAAUUUCCCAAAUAUUUUUCUUUGAAUUAUUUAAAAUGGCAAGACACAUAUUUUGCUUUUAAAAUCUUUAACUUUACUGAUAGAUAAAUAACUUUGUAAUGCUCAAGUUUUCAAUUUUCUAAGAUACCAAAGUCAUCCCUCUUAAAGUUUUCCUCUUUAACUCCUUGAAACUAAACACAUUCAGUUAUUUGAUUAGUUGAUGCUAGAAUUUGACCUAGAGCUUAUGUAAUUAGAAGAGACACUAGUUUUAGCUCAUUUAAAAGCCUAGCUAGCAUAUGACAGUCUCCUUUCCGGGAAGUCAAGCCUCUCCACUGCUUCUUUUUAUAACCUUUAAGUUAAUUCAGAAUCCAGAUAAGCCUUGAUCCAAGGAUGAUAUAACCACAGCAAGCACCAUGGGACUGACUAGAGAAAUCAGGAAGCCUUCAUAAAACAUGGUGUGAUGUCUACUGGUGGAGGCAGGACAUGAGGUCCAGGGAAGAGGGGAUGGCUUGAUACAGAGACAAUGAAGAUGCAAUGUUGAAGAAUAAGUUGGAGGAGAGAAGCAACAGGCACCAUGGAAAAAACCAAAACAAAGCAAGGAGAGAAUGAACAUAUGCCAAUGAAUAAUCCUUCCACACAAAUUUACCAGUUGCAGGCCCUGGCCUCUGAACUCAAAACUGGUUUCACAGAAGCAAUGCAAGAACUGUCAAGAAUUCAACAUGGAGAAUAUGCUUUGGAAGAAAAGGUUAAGACCUGCAAAUGUUCCAUGGAAGAAAAAGUUACUGAGAUGAAGAAUUCAUUAAACUAUUUCAAAGAAGAGCUGAGCAAUGCCAUGUCAAUGAUCCAGGCAAUCACUUCCAAACAAGAAGAGAUGCAACAGAAAAUUGAACAGCUUCAACAGGAGAAGCGAAGAGAAUCUCGAAAAGUGAAAGCCAAGAAAACUCAAAAAGAAGAGCAUGGCUCACAGGCUGGGCCUGCUCAAGCACAAGGAAGUCCUUUCCGUUCAAUCAAUAUCCCUGAGCCUGUUCUUCCAAGUGAAGACUUCACAAACCUCUUGCCUUCUCAGGCCUAUGAAAAAGCCCAAGAGUCCAGAUCCAUGCAUAUAGGAGAUAGUAAUGUGAAGGGAAUGAUGGGUCCUGGAAUGAACCCAACGACUCCAGAAGCAGAAGAAAACCUCAAGCCUUGCCUCACAGCCGAUAUCCAGUCUAAGGGCCAUGUGCCAUCUGGUGUGUGGAGGCAGCCGAAGGAUGGGAAAGAAUGGGGCGAGGAAUAUGUCACAAAAGACCACCCAGAUAAACUUAAGGAAGUUGGCCAGGGCAGACAUAGUUCCUUGGAAAAUGUUUUAUGUGAAACUUCUUUAGCUGCUAAAAGACAGACUGUGGCUCUAGAACUGCUUGAAUCAGAAAGAAAAUAUGUCAUUAACAUCUCUCUGAUCCUGAAGAUCAAGGCAACAUUCCAGGGGUCAGAUGGAAAGAGGAAUUCCAAAGAGAGAAGUCUCUUCCCUGGCUCUUUACGGUACCUUGUCCAGCAGCACCUAGAUUUGCUUCAUGCUCUACAGGAAAGGGUCCUGAAAUGGCCACGCCAAGGAGUCCUUGGAGAUUUAUUCCUGAAAUUAACAAAUGAUGAGAAUAAUUUCUUGGAUUAUUAUGUGGCCUACCUGAGGGACCUGCCUGAAUGCAUCUCUUUGGUUCAUGUUGUUGUUCUGAAGGAGGGUGAUGAAGAGAUUAAAUCUGACAUCUAUACACUGUUUUUUCAUAUAGUCCAGCGCAUCCCUGAAUAUCUGAUACAUCUGCAGAACGUCCUGAAGUUCACAGAGCAGGAACACCCUGACUAUUACCUACUUCUGGUGUGUGUUCAGCGCCUUCGAGUAUUUAUCUCACACUACACCCUGCUGUUUCAAUGCAAUGAGGAUUUGCUUAUUCAGAAACGGAAAAAGCUCAAGAAGUCAUCCAUGGCGAAGCUGUACAAAGGGCUGGCUUCCCAGUGUGCCAAUGCUGGGCAAGACGCUUCCCCCACUGCAGGCUCUGAGGCUGCCCGCGACAGUGGGAUCCACUCAGAAGAGAUGCUGCAACCCUACUCUCCUGCUCCAGGUUCUGGCCCUGCUAUCACGCACCUGAUGCCCCCCAUGAAGAAAGGCCAACAGCAGCAAAGCCUGAUGGACAGCAUGCAGCCCGGGAAGCCCGGCGACUGGGAGAUGGAGGGCAGGAAGCAUGAGAGGCCCGACAGCCUCCUGGCGCCGGCGCAGUUCUGCCCCGCCGAGCAGGACGGGAAGGCGCUCUCGGGGCCCCUGCAGUCCAUCCCGGAGAUGGACUUCGAGCCUUCGCCCGCCGAGCCCUCGCUGGGCAACGUGGAGCGCGCCCUGCGCGCCCCGGCCGAGCUGCUGCCCGACGCCCGCGGCUUCGCGCCCUCGGCCUACGAGGAGUUCGAAUACGGCGGCGAGCUCUUCGCGCUGCCCGCGCCCUACGACGAGGAGCCCUUCCAGGCGCCGGCCCUCUUCGAGAACUGCUCGCCCGCCUCCUCCGAGUCCAGCCUGGACAUCUGCUUCCUGCGGCCCGUCAGCUUCGCCAUGGAGGCCGAGCGGCCGGAGCACGCGCUGCAGCCCCUGCCCAAGAGCGCCACGUCGCCGGCGAGCAGCAGCGGCGCCUACAAGCUGGAGGCGGCGCAGGCGCACGGCAAGGCCAAGCCGCUGAGCCGCUCGCUCAAGGAGUUCCCGCGCGCGCCGCCCGCCGAGGGCGUGGCCCCGCGCCUCUACAGCACGCGCAGCAGCAGCGGCGGCCGCGCGCCGCUCAAGGCCGAGCGCGCCGCGCAGGCGCACGGCUCGCACGGUUCGCACGGCUCGGCCGCCGCCGCCGCCGCCCGCGGCGCGCCCAGGACCUACUUCCCCCAGCAGAGGUCCCAAAGCGAAAAGCAGACCUAUUUGGAAGUAAGGAGGGAGAUGCACUUAGAAGACGCCACCAGAUUCUGUCCAAAGGAAGAAAGAGAAAGUGAACAAACGUCUUUCAGCGAUCAAAACCCCAGGCAAGACCAGAAAGGGGGCUUUCGCAGCUCCUUCCGCAAGCUCUUUAAAAAGAAAAAUGGGAACGCAUCUGGUGAAGAUUUCUGUGGUCCUUGGGGCUGGUGGUGACAUCAAAGCUUUCCCAUUUCCAGGUAAACACUAAAUAGUUGCAUGUUAGAACCAUCAAAUAUGACAUGUUGGGUUUUGGAGAGAUCAGAUGUAGCCAAGGGGAAAUGUGAGGUAGAGAUUGCAAGUUUUAACUAAUGACUUUCUGAUGAGAAACUGCCAUGUUAGGGGAACAAUUCAGGAAAAAACACCAGCCAGAUUCAAAUCUUGCUUCCUACUUUCUGUCCCUAAAACUUAAUAGGCAUUCCCUAGUCUUCUGGAUAAUAGACGAUAUGGGGGAAAGAAUGAAAUGGUCCAUAUCUUCCUAACAUUUUGGACACAACUGUACUUGUUAGAGAUGACUUGAAUUGGAGGCAGGUGGGAGUUCUGAGAGGCGAGAGAAGGCCAGGAGUUCUACUAGUAGGGUGGGCUUGUGGAGGCUGUUUCAAGGGAGAAUUCCAAGGGGGCUCCUGGAAAGGAAGAGGACUUUCACCCCACCCAGAUACCAUCUUCUCUGAUGACUGCCCAGGGGCACUUGGGUUGAGAGAUAGAGUAGUUUUUCUUCUAUGCAUUGGGAUGUAGUAGGAAAGUGCUCCUUACAGACUAGAGGUAGAAAGCAUGCUGGGCAUCUGUGGCUUCAUCUGUAAUACCAACUAUCAGGGUGAAAAGUAAAAAUAUCUAGUCAGUCAUCAGGUUUCCAGACAUUAGGAUUUUAUUCUUUGUGUGGAUCUAACUUCCUUCCUUUAAUAAAGUAAAAAGGAUGUUUGAAUUCUGCCCAGUAAUUUCAGUAAAUGAUAGUCAUAAUGAGCUUAUCUAAUAACAACAAUGAGGACUCAUAGUAUACUGAUGGCAGGGAAAGGACUUACUCUUCUCUGUGGGUAGUGGAAGCAUGCCUGACUCUGCCUCCACAUAUGGAGAACUUGUUUAGUUGUGUAGGAGCUUUGGACAGAGAACUUCAUGUCUAACAUCACUUUCAUACAUCCUACAUGAGGUCUUUAAGAUACUGGUUUCUAAUCGUUGGGAUAGUUUUACCUAUUCUAGCUCAGAGUUUAAGCUAGCCAAAGGGCCCCAGCCUGGCUUAUCAGAGGUUUUCCAGAAAGACUCCUCCCUCCAGGGACUUCUGACAUGAACAAACUGGAGAAGGUGCAGAGCUGGACUGGAUUGCCCAACUGGCUUAACCAAGAUAAAGGAAGAGUGCACCCUGGACUGGGGACUCAAUUGGACUGAUCUGAGUUGUUGACUAUUGAUUGGGCUUGGUCUCCUUCGUGGUGGUUGAGAUUACAGGAUCUCCUCAAUCUGAUUACUGUACCAAUUUCUGCAUUCUACCAAAUGUAGCAUAUAUGUGUGGUUGGUUUCAAUAAAUCUUUUAUUCAAAAAUGAAAACCAGUAAAAGCAAGAGUUUGUAAUGUAAUGCCCAAGUUCAGUAAAGACCCUUGAUAACCUUGGUUGAGAACAAUGAAUUCCAUCCAUUUUAAUUUAAGGGCCUUACUUGUU